UCAGCGCUGGCGGAUCAUAGCGCGACUCGCUCGCGAGGAGCAGCUCCGACUCCGUCUCCGAGCAGCCGCGGUGCGGUCGUAUGCUGCUCGUGUGUGCCAUAGGGGGCCACUGCCGGACACGACACGGACAGGACACGAUCACACAGUAGCGCGCGUUCGUUUACAAGAUGGCAGACGACGGCCCGUCCGCGGCGGAGGACGCGACCGCGGCGGUGGCAACGGGAUUGGGGGACGGUGAUUCUCGCGUGACAAGGGAGCGGCACAAACGCGCGGACGCCACCACGCCGAUCGUCACUCCGGGCCAGGACGCCUCCUCAUCCGCGAAGCGCGUCGGCGGACACGAGGACGCCUCGAGCAGCGCGUCUCCCUGUGAGGUGGAUGAUCAUCAUCGUUCUCACCACGAGCGCCGUCUUCAUCAUCGUCAUCAUCAGCAUCCUCAUCCUCGUCAUUCUUACCACCAUCAUUCAUCGUCUCAUCAUUGUAAUCAUCACCACUUUAAUCCUCAUCGUCAUCACCUUAAUCAUUGCGACAACGAUCGCGUCAGUGGUGAUUCUCCGUCGCCCGUCGACGCGACUGGGCCAACCGCGAGCGACCGGAGCGACGGCGAGGAAGAGAACGGCGGCAAUGGCAGUGGUAGUGUCGGCCUGUACCACGACGAUGUUAGAAUCGAGGUAGUCCGAAGCGUCGUGGCGGAGGACGACCACGACAACGACGACGGGGACGGUGGCAACGGCGGCAGCGUCGAUAGUGAUAGUGCUGGCAGUAGUAAUAGUAUUAAAAGUAGUAAAAGUGGUGCUGGUGGUGUUGCCGCGGAAAUCAUGACCGGUGGUAAUAAUAAUAACAACGCGGGGACGCGCGUCGGUGUCGAGGACGCCGACGGCACGUUAUCGUCGUCGUCGACGCGACGCUCGGCACCGAGCGCGGACAGUGCACCGGAAGUGAACGACCGCGAGGAUCGCGAUGCGGACAGGCGGACUGUGAUCAUCGCCGUCGCGACGAGAGAGGAGGAGACGAGAGCGACCGAGGACGCGUCGGUAUCGGCAUCGGCGUCGGCGUCUGCGAAAACGGACAACGCCGGCGUCGCCGUAGCCAGGCACCAGGGUAGCCCGUUCAAGGGACAGGUUAGGAUGGCCGAGGACACCCUCGUCGGGCCCUGCGGCAAGAAGCGGUGCGCGGAUCGAUACGACAGCUCCGAGAGCUCUGACAGUGGCGUCGCGGUGUCUUGUGGCGAAUGCAGCAGCAGUGGCACCAGCGAUAUCACAGAACCGGGCUCACCGUGCAGCACCAGCAGCGACGAGGGGGUAGCUGCGAUACGCGGCACAUCCGCCAGUCCGCUACCGUCUCUGCCCAAGCUGGCGCCGUCGUCGCAGCUCGGUACCAGGCCCCAGUGGCCCUGGACCCCGCCGUUGGCGGCAACCGCCUGCUCCACCACCGCGUUCAAAAGGCUGAGGGGCGAACCCGAGGCUGGCGCCCUUCCGCGCUCCGGCGCCGCCGAUCCCACCUCCAGGGGGACCGUCAAGGCGAAUGGAAAGACUGCGGGCGGCCAGCACCACCACGAGUCCCAGGGCAAAAUCACGGAAUACUUUAAGACGCAGAUUAAGCCGCAACAGCCGAAGAUAAAGAAAACGAACGAAAUGGUACUGGUAGCUAAGAGUUCAGAAUUUCGGAGGCCACCUAUGGUGCAGAGGAAUAAAGGCGGCCUUGCUAAAUACUUGGGCACCGUGUCAUCCAACACAAACCGCAGUACUGUGACCAACGAGCCCUGGGAAGUGAGAACACUGACGUCAUCGUCGACGAAAAAGGUACCGCUAGUCAUCGUGCCAAGAGCCAAUGGCAAGAUAGACAAGAAGUUGCCGAAGUCGCUGCCAAGUCUGCCAAUCUCGAACGACGUACUGAAAAAUCUGCCCAAGAUCUCAUCCCUUAGAUUAACUUCAGACGCGAGUAUCAAUUCAACCAAGGGCAGUUCUCCGCCCGCUACUGCCGCCUCGUCGUUAUUGGGCGAACCGUUGGACUUCAAGGCAAUCUUGACGAAGCCACACGUGAACGAGAACAAUAACUUAACGAAUAGCUGUGGAAGUAUCCUGGGAGCGUUAAGAUCGCAAAGCGGCCACGAAUCCCCUAUUUCGAGGUUGUCUUCGCCAUCGAAGGAGGACAACAAGGAUGAGGAUGGCCAAUCGGCGCCGAUCGACGUUGAUGAAGAUGACGUUGAUGAAGAGGAUUCUUUAGGUAGUGAAUCGAAACCGUCGCCUAUUCUUUCGGCACCUACCACCAUUCGAUUUCCGGCACGAGCGCCCGAGAAAGAUAGAUCUCAAGCUACUGAUAGCGGGAUUUGUCGUUGGGAUAAGUGCGAAGCCAACUUCGAGUCUGUGGGUGGUCUUUUGGAGCAUUUACAGGCUGCGCACAUCAACACGCAAACCGGCAGCGACAAUUUCGUCUGUCAAUGGCAGGGAUGUAAGGUACAAGGUAGGACUUCAUGUUCUCGACGAUGGCUGGAAAGACACGUUUUGUCUCACGGCGGCAAUAAACCUUUUCGAUGCAUUGUCGACGGUUGCGGUUGCAGAUUCAGUUCUCAGACCGCCCUUGAGAGGCAUGUGAAUGGUCACUUCAAUCAGCCGGAAACAAGUAACACUAACGGAAGACGUAGUUGCGAGAAUGGCGGCAAGCUCGUUAGAAGAAAUGGCAAGAAGCUUAGAUAUAGGCGGCAACCUUGGUCUGCGAGGCUUUUUGAUUACUUUGACUCGGGAGUAAUGGAGGGUCUCCAGCACAGGCUACUGGAAUUAGCGACAUCGAGGACGCAGGGGCGACUAGCUGAAACGCCAGGAAACUCGAUGGCACUAACUAGUCAAGUUUUAGCAAGAAGAGUCGAAUUGGACGGAAAGACAAAGGUGUUAUUGCGAUGGUAUCCCCAAGAUAUAGAACCGGAUGAAUGGGUACUAGAAUCCGAAGUACAAAGCACGAAGCAUGUAGGUAUUCGCAAAGCAGCCGCUAGUAAUCCGGAACAAGUGAGUUUGGCUCUCUAUCCCGCGGUAAGCGGUCGCACGCCGCCGACGGUUCGAGCGAAGCAGCGUCGAAAACCAGUAAAGAACUCGUGAUAAUGCCGGCCGAUCGGCCGGAUACCAGAACUGACCUAACGAGCGCUGAUAUCUCAACCUUCUUCGAAGUGAAGAAGAACAGAGUGCUGCCGUUGACAUGAGCACAACACGGUCUAUAACACUUCCUGGUCGGUGAAGAUGAAGGCCACGACGAUGCGACCUGAAAUACCCGAAUGUAUCGAAAGAGACAAAGACCGCUUUAGAAGAUAACUAAUCUAAAGAUAAAUGACCUGGCUCGAUUAAAAAAUAAGAAUCGUCGAAGGAAAUCGUGCAACAGAUAAAUUCAGGAUGUAGUAGACAAUAGCGAUAAGAACAAGGGAUACAGCAAAUGGACGAACAAAGAAACGAUUCGUCCUCCGUUUUGGGGACGAGAAUAUUGCUCAGCAAUGUACAUUGUCGUUAUUUAUCGAUGGAUACAUCCACUAAUGCGCUAGUUCUACGCGAAUCCCUGCCACGAGUACCUCGCAUAAUUCGACGCUCGUCGGCUUCGGAAGCGCUAAGUCUGGGCCUCGAAAGUGCCUCACCGUGGAUACGUUUUGUACCGUCUUCUACCGUGAUCAAGAUCCCAGGGACAGAUGCGUGGUGAAAACGGUAGUAAAGGUAGACAAAGACAAAAAAUGAAAAAAAAAAGAAAGCAACAAAGAGGAGCUUUUGCGCAUUUGGUUUUGCCAAAGGAAACAAGAGGUCGUGCACAGACAAAAUAUUUAAGCGGUAGUUAACAAUUUAUAAAAAGAUAAUCACUCUGGUGGCCUUAGGAUUCAAUUAAUAUCUAACAUCGGCCCCUUGGCACUUCCGGGAACUGAGUAUCUUGGCGAUCUCCGACGAUGUUUUGAAAGAAGGGAAGAAAAAAGAAAAGGAGAAAGAAGAUGCUUCUACCUCGAUUUACAACUCGGUAGAAACUCGCGUCGGCUGUUGUCAUAUGACACGAAAAGGAUCGAGAAGAAGAAA